AGGCAGUGGUGGUUUGACAGCCUAUCAUUCCUAUUCCCCCUCAAGAAUACCAAUAAUGGAUCAAAGCUGUGUUACUGAACUUCCUUCAAGUCUUUCUCCGACACACAGUGACUGGAGUGCUGGCAACUUUCUGGAAGAAAGCUUCACACUUGGUGGUUAAUUCUUUAAAGGGAGAAAGCAAGGAAGGUGACACAAGUGUCCUAAAGUGCAGAAACCAUCUCAGAGAAAUGUCUCAAAGCAAGACAGUCUUGUUCUAUUGGGAGACCUUGUGACUCCACAGAGAUAUCGCAGUGUGCAGGAUUAGUGGUUUUUGUGGAGCAGAUGCACUAAGACCGCUGUUAAAGUUCUCUGGACUGCGAAGCUACGUUUCAGAAGGAUGAGCUCAUCCGUUUCACGAGAUCUACAGUGUCCACAGGUAUUUGGCCGUUCCAUAUCUCAGGAAUCUGUGGAGAGCUCCUCAAUGGAGGACUUCUGGAGUGAAGUGAGGAGCAUUAAGGAGAGCAGACAGAAUGGACAAGAGGAGCAGACGCUAGUGGAAGUCAAGCCAUCUGAAGAAGGGGAAAUGGAAGCAGAGUGGCUUCAGGAGGUGGGGUUGUCCACCCUUGUCUCGGGUGCUGCUGGAGAGGAUGGGAUGGCUCUGCUGUCCACGUUGACACGGGCUCAGGCUGCAGCUGUCCAGCGUCGGCUGGAUACCUACACCCAGACCACGAGGAGGAGGAGCAAGCAGCCGGUCCGAGAUGUUCGAGACGUGUUUGGUCUUACCGACUCUCCGGCCAGAAUUGAGUUCAUGGCACCUGAGUCUUCACCUGCUUCCAAUGGUGUACAACAGGCAGAGGAGAAGGCAUCUUGGGAUCCCACAAAAGGAAAUAUCAAAAGUGAUGAAAUCGAAAGUCAGCAAAGCAACGCUGAAAUAACAGAGGACCUGAACUGGGACAUGCCCUACUCUGAGUCUCUGAUGGCAGCCCAGAAGGCACAGGAACCCAGGACCAACUGUAAGAAGAGGCCCAGCAGCACAACAUUACCUAAAUUCACCAUUCCGAAAGACAGACUGGGUUUAACACGGAUUGGGGAUCUGUCCUGUCAGGAUAUGAAAAAGAUCCAUAACCUUGCUCUCAUAGAGAUAACAACUUUUUAUGACGCACUAGGAUUAGAGCUGAAGAGGAACAGGCCUGUGAGGGUUAAGGCAAAGGAAACUGGCCUCUUUGGGGUUCCUCUUACAACCUUGCUUGAAAAUGAUCAAAAGAAAGUUCCAGGAACAAAAAUUCCUCUCAUCUUUCAAAAACUUUUGUCAAGAAUGGAGGAAACUUGUUUGGAUGCUGAGGGAAUUCUGCGAGUGCCUGGGUCUGCCUCACGGGUGAAGAAUUAUCGCCAAGAGCUGGAGGCAAAGUUUUACGACUCCUUUGACUGGGAACAAGUUCACCAUAAUGAUGUAGCAUGCUUAUUAAAGACCUUCAUUCGAGAACUGCCCUACCCAUUGCUCACGGCCGAGUAUCUGCCUGCUUUCGUAGCUGUGCAAUAUAUCUCACAGACGAAGCUGCAGUUACAGGCUCUACACCUUAUCAUCAUGUUGCUGCCUGAUCCCAAUAGAGACACCAUUAAGGCUUUCUUGGAAUUUCUCAGCAAAGUUGUAGCUAAUGAAGCCAAAAACAGAAUGAGCCUGUGGAAUGUCUCCAUGAUUGUUGCACCAAACCUCUUCAUGUGUAAAGGGAGAACUGGAAACCAUCAAGAAGCAGAGGCAGCCACCAAAGCAGCCAAUAUCGUCCAGUUACUUAUCAAAUACCAGGACAUCCUAUGGACGAUUCCUUCCUUUAUGAUAGCCCAGGUGCGGAAGAUGAAUGAAAGUGAGAGCAGGAGACGGACAAGAGUGACGUGGCUGACUCCUCCUUCAUUUUUUUUCCCUCCUGCCUUCAAGGGAAACUGCUCACCCCCAUCUGGAAGCUCUCCCCGAGGUCGAAAUCGAAACCAGGAGCCUGCCAUGUGGGACGUGGCAGGUGUGAACUUGUGCUCUAGUGCUCUGGGGCACAGCUUUAAGUUGGACAUACCAGAGGGAGUUAUUCGUGUUUAUGCCACAAAGCUCUCAAAGGUUUCCAUGGCCAUUCAGCUGGACAGUGAGACAAAAGCAAGUGAUAUUUUGGCCAGGUUUCACUGUGAGAACAGCACGAAUUCCACAGUGCCCCUCAAUGGACAGAGCCAUUACUUGUUCGAAAUUGGUGGAAACAUCGGAGAGCGCUGCCUGGACCUUAACACAUACAUUCUAGACUUGUACCAUUUAAAUCCCAAUGCAGCAUGGGUCAUUAAACCCAGAACACUGUGAGAUUACUUGCUGUAGAGUGGUGGGCCAUAAAAUAAUCGUGAAGCAGUAGUGGUGAAUGUAACUGUUGGGAUUUCUGAGAACAAUGGGUGCUUUACGGUGGAGCCUUUGUGUCUAAGGCUUUCGGCUGUUGUUACCGGCAAGAGUUCUGCAUUGGAAGGUGAUCUUUUCGAUAGUCACCAUUUUACUCAUCAGAUUAAAGCAUUUCAUGCAACCGGGUCGUCACUCAGUGGGUGUUCAGAGCACUAACGAAAGUGCUCACUGUUUGGAUGUUUUUCCUUUUCCUCGAGCACCUCAGCAGGUUGGAAUCAGUUGAACGUUUGUGCCUGACCUAAAAUAAACAACUUGCAUUAACUCAUCUGGGGGUGUUUUAAGAAACAAGUCAGCCCACCAGACAGAAACAUUAAGGACACAGUCUUUAAGGAAUGUGCAUUUUAAACAAUCGCGGCACUUGAGCAGACCACACAGUCGGAGUAAAGCACAGAUACAACUGACCAUGUUUUACUCUGCAUUCUCUUUUGGGGGGGUGGGGGGGUGUUGUUGUAUAGGGAGGUGAUGAUUGUGCCGGCAAAGUUUAUGGACACAGAACGGAGAGCAGCCAAAGAAUCAACAAGGAGUAUGUAAUUAUUUUUUCAAGAGAAGCCAUUUUGAAGCAAAUGGAAAUGGUGCCAAAUUCCAUAUAUCCGAUCAGACGGGAAAUUGUUACAUAAAGAGAGGAUGAUAGCUGCACCUGCACUAAAACGGAAUUCCUGUCGGAACAUGACCCUGGGCUGAGUUACAAAUCAGCCUGGAAUUUUGUUUUGCAACAAGCUGAAGGCCAGACUUUCAAACGUGGUUCUCAUUGGAGCCUGUGUAUAUACAGAAAGGCGAGCUGUGGUCGCUGCAAGCAAACGAGGCCUCUGAUCUGCUGGAAAUAAAACCCUGUUGUGCUCUUUAACAAAAAAAUCUGCAGGAAGCUGAUUGACAGGAUGGAGGAAGGCAUCUCUGUGGAGCCUAAUCUCUAUUUGGCAGUGCCUGUUGACUAUGUGCUAUUAGUGCCUUGGCUGGAAUUCGGUAUCUCCUGAGGAACUGGUCUCCUGUGAUGUGGUGUGCUAUUAGCAGAAAGUGGGGCAAUGUGUGAAGAUAAAUCGUUGGCUUAGUCUGUGUUAAAGUGACUCUGAUCAUCUUCAUACACCCUGAGCCAUUGAGUACGGAGCUGGGUCACAGAUCAGCCACAGUCUCAUUGAAUGGUGGAACAGAAUCGAGGGGCUGAACGAUCACUUCCUGUUCAAAUAUUAGUCUACAGUUAAGCUUGUUAGAUUGUUCUGGUGCUUUGACAUAAUUGCUGGGACAUUUCAACACUGCCAUGCUGUUCAGAGAGCCCGUCUCUACAUAAAAGUUGCUGGCAGACUCUUGGGCUCUUUCUCUGACUUGUGAACAUUGACCACAUUUUUUGGUUGGGGUUGAGGGGGGCGGGGGGGAAAACAGGGGUGUAUUUGUGUGAGAAUGGCCUCCAUCAAUUUCUCAGCCACCUAGGAAAAAAAUGUAGGGUAGGUUGCUUUUUUUAAAUUCAACUCUACAAGCUGCAGAGGUUUCGUGGCCUAUUCUUCAUUGGAUAGUGCUUAUCAAUGACGCAGUAACUAAAGCAGCAAGUAACCCUACACCUUUUCAGAAGUGAGGCGAAACAAAUCCUAUAAUUUGCAUGUUCUACUGUCAAAACAUUAAUUAUACUGUACAACUGACAAAACUUCCUGUUUAUGUAGAACUACAUACAAUUUAGGAGGAAUAGGCAGUGUUAAUGCUCCACAAGAGCUUCCUCCUGUGUGGCUCAUUUAACUCUCUCUGCAUGUUCUUCUGCUUGAUCUGUGCUGUGCACGUUUGUUUCUUUAGGCAAAAUGCAUUGUGUAAUCACGUUAGGAGCAGCAUACUCACAUUACAGGUCAUUUGUUGAAAUUGCUUUUGGGAGUGUGCAAAUUGGGGAUUCUGAUGCAUGUGGCCCCUGCUGUUCAUCCAUUUUAACAGGACCUAACGUCACCACUGGAGAGUUGGUUGACUUUUUAAGGUGUUACUAUAUUGCAACCAUCAAAUCCAGAUCAACUACCCAUUGAAUCAUAUGGAAGCAUGGGUGAUGUUGUUGUCAUUGUCAACUAGCACGGGAACAGACCCUUUGACCCAUUGAGUCCACACUGAUUGUCAAGCACCCAUUUUACACUAAUCCCAUUUUAUUCUCCCCAUAGUCCCAUUAAUUGCCCCCAGAUUCUAUGACUCGUGUACACAUUUGUGGCAAUAUAGAGUGGCUAAUUAACUGACCAGCCUGCACGUCUUUGGGACAUGGGAGGAAACCAGAGCACCUGGAAGGAACCCAUUUGCAGUCACAGGGAGAACGUGCAGCCUCCACACAAACAGCACCAGAAGUCUGGAUUGAACUCUCACUGGAGCCUGCAACAGCAGUUCUACUAGCUAUGCUGAUCUACCCUCCCAAAUUACAAUUCUUUAUGCUGCUUUAACUUUUAGCAAAAUCUUAAUAGGACAGUUGGUGAACUCUGCUAUCAGGUUCCAUCAUCUGCAGCCCUUUGUUGCCUCCACCUACCACCUUCCAGUCGCGAUUUCCACUCUUUCCUUCUCCAUCUGCCUAUCAACCCUCCUCAAUUGGAUCCACCUAUCACCUGCCAGCUCAUGCUCCACCCCUUCCUUUCACCUUUUUAUCCUGGCUAUCUCCCCUCUAUCUUUCGGUCCAGAUGAAGGGUCACAUCCCAAAGUGUUGACUGUCCAUUUCCCUCCACAGAUGCUGCCUGACCCACUGAGUUCCUCUAACAUCUUGUUUCCUGCUCCAGAUUCCACCCUUAGCUAUCUUUUGUGUCUCUGUCUUUAAUUUAAUAUAUACUUCUGAGGCUGGGAGCAUUCGCUGUCUAUUUAGUGUAAAAAGUGGUAAUACCUUUUUGUACUUUCUUUCUCAUUCCAUUGAGAAGCAAUGCAGUAAUGGGGUGAAAAUGGGCCGCAGACGUUAUCACAUUAAACAUCUCAUAUGUGCCUUAAAGCACUUGGCUCCAUGAGCAGCAACCAGUGUCUGAUCUCUCAUCGAGAUAAUUUCCUCUUAUCCACUGCCAUAUACAUUUUGUAGUUAUGAUUAGAACUUUGUUCAUUGUGGGUUCAUCAGAAUUGGAAGACUGGUUGACAAGAUUCAGAUAGUCUUACAAAGUGGUAGGUCUGUUCCUCAGGAUGCUUUGGAGAAUAAUUUCAAUGCUGAUUAUGGAGGGGUAAACAUACAGGAAUCAGUGGUAAAGGAACAUGUUUCAGUCUUUAGAAUUAAAUCUCAGAGUUUAAUCAGCAAUAUGUGAGUUCAGUUCUCUAUCCAGACUGUGAACAGUGUUACUAGAAAAGAAGCUAAACCAGUAGUGGUUCAUAGCACAACAGAAUGCCGGUGGAUUAGCAUGUAAUUGAUUCCCUCAUGCCUCCCAGAUAGCUGUUUCAAAUGAGUUUGGGAGAUCAGAGCCCUGUAGUAAUGGCCCUGCCACUAGCAGUCCUGCAUGUUCAAUGCAAACCCACCCUUCAAUUUAGCAGUUAACAGUACUCUGAAAGGCCACAAAGAUGGCUGUUGUGAAUAAGUAUUUCAGAGAGGUUUAGGCUAGGGUCCACUGAUAGGCCAGAGUAGCUUUAGAGAUUGACAGUGCCAUACCUCACAUUGGUUUCCUUUGAGGACUCUUGGUGCUUGAAAUGAGAAGGGGUCCCAUCUCCAACACUAGCAGAGGAGAGAGACCCAUUCAAAAACUAAUGAAGUGGAAAGGUCAAAUGAAUGGGGGGAAAGUAAUUCUCCUUGUGACCGGAUCUGGAUAAAUUAGUCCAGAGAACAUUUUGCUAACACCAAUUUAGCUACCACUAGAAGGUUGAAUUAUAGCUUUAAUUUUUAACACUACAGUAAAAGUUUAUUAAAAACCCUCAUUUGUAAUAACUCCACUGCCAAAAGUGCAGUAGAAACUAUAAUGUAUUUAAAACCAUAUGUUUUUUGUGUUUGAGAACAAUUUCCACUUUUAUAUGUUUAUUGAUGCCAUUUUUUUUAACAUUGUGUUUUCUGAAAUGUCUGUGCAAAGCUACCUCUGUUUAUUCACAUAUUUACUGAUUCCUGACAACUACAGUUGGGAUUAAUUGAGAGGGCCCUGAGGGUAAGAGGGUCCUUCAUAUUCAUCACAUGAUCUGACAAACUGACCCCCAAUGACCUGCAAAUGAUCAGCUCGUAUAGAGGUAUGAAGCCUCACUAUCUGUCCAUUAUUUAUUGCAUCAGCAAAGAUGGCAGCAACAGUAGGGGUAUGUAUUGGUCCAGAAGGCCUACUUGCUAUAAUGUUUAAAAUAGAACAACUAGUUACCAUCAGAACUUCCACACUGGCCUUUCACCAUCGUGGUGGUAUGAGAGUCUCCUCUGCUGCAUUUGAGAAUAUAACUCUCAAUGUAGCUCCUGAAGUUUGAAUGCAUGGCACCAGGCUAUAAUUUAACACUAAUCCUAACCAGACUGCCCACAAAAAUUAGAGGUUAAUUAUGCCUUCUGCCCUUGGCUAACCCUAAUUUCCUCAUGUUGUUUCUUGCUGCUGAUUCCUGGAAACACCAGAAGUGAUUAUAUGGGAAGAAACUCAUAAUAUCCAGCACCUUCAUUGCCUGGAUGUUAAUUUGGCAAUAUUGGUCACCCUCCCAGCUUUUGUUUCUUUGAAUUGAGAUGGUUCUACGUGGGCUGUGGUUUCAUUCUGCCUGCUUAACCUUUGGGUGGAACUUUGGCCCCUGGACUUGCCUCACUGUUGUAAGUGGCUCACAUUUGUAUUGCCAACAGACGGCGGGAGAACAAGGAUUGUUUUGUGUUUGUGAGGAUGAGACAUCCUCACCUGCUAUCAUAGAAUCAUGGAGUCAUCCAACUUAGAAACAGGACCUUCAGCCCACCAUGUCCAUCAGGUACCCAUCUAUACUGAUCCCAUUUCCCAGGACUUGGCCCACAGCAUUGUAUGGUUUAAUGAUUCAUGUGUUUGUCUAAAUUGUUAAAUAUUGUGAGAGUCUCUGCCUCCACCACCCCUUCAGCCAGUGUUUCCCAGAAUGUAACCACCCAUCGAGUGAAAAUAUUCUCCCUCAGAUCCUCUCUGAACCUCGUUGAACCAUUGCAUUCUGGGUUUAGACGCCAGUGCUGUGGGGAAAAGUUUCUUAAUAUCUACCCUAUCUAUGCCCUUCAUAAUUUUGUAUAAAUCAGUCACAUCUCCUUUGGCCUCCUCUGAUCAUGAAAACAAACCCAGUCUAUCUGGACUCAUGACUGAAAUGCUCCAUCCUAGGCAACAUCUUGGUGGACCUCUGCAUCAUGUCCAGUGCAAUCAUGUCCUCUUAUAGUGUGGUGACCAAAACUGCACACGAUACUCCAGCUGUGACCUAACCAAUGUUUUAUACCAUUACCCUUUAACCUCCCUGCAUUUAAAUUCUAUGCCCCACCUAAUGAAGGCAAGUAUCCUGUGCUGUCAUGAUUUCUCACAAUUACUUCAGGGGAACCUCCUGAAGAUCAGGAGACCUUUAUGGAAAUUCUCUCCACUUCCUCCUACAGUCCCCACACCCCAGUCAGGGAGAUGAUUUUCCAACCACAUAUGCCCAGACAACUGUCCUCUAUGACAAUAUCAAUUAAUACUUAUUUAGGGGCCGUUUUCUGCUGGAGGCUCAUGCAUAAUUCACAAGGAGCCCUACAGGCAGUACUCAGAGGAGGUUUUCAUACCAUUUGCCUGGUUUGAACCUGGUCCCAGAGAUGAAAAGCCAAUUUUAAACCCACUGUGUAAAGCCAUUCAAAACAGUUCUCAUGUAACGUGAUUUUAAAAGAGGCUGUCAUAUUUUAAGGUCUAAUCAAGAUUUCUGGACAGAAAAUCCUGGCUUGCAAGCCAUAUAUUCUGACUGACAUUUACUCCUUUAAUGGGGUUGGGCCAUUAUACAUAUAGAGAACCAUCGCCUUGAAACAUAAAUUACUUCUGUUUGACAUUUUUAAAAAUUUCUAUUAUUCAUGUACGUACUGAUGUUUCUUGAAAUGUGAUCUAAUUGUACAAUGGGUGAUGCUGAUAGUUGUUGAAUGCUAAUAAUGAGUGAUGAUGGAAAAUUGGUAGGUGUGCUUUUCCAUAUCAUCAGUAGAGUUGUCGUGUCGAACCACUUGCUAUUCUUGGAGUAGCCUUCGUUUCACCAGAGGUGAUGAGCUGAGCAGAAUAUCCAAUGGGUUUAUUCAUGUUCAGUGAGUGUAUGGAAACAGAACAGCAAAAAUGUUCAAUGGUGUCCUUAAGCUGUGUGCAUGAUAAACCAAACGUCAAUGGAAGGAAUGGUGAGCUUCUGAAGAAUAAUCCAAUACUACUGACAAGGCACAGAAACAUUAUGAAUGUGUACAAAUGUAUAUUGUAAUUUACCAAGU